GGGUCGCUAGCGAAUUUUACUUUGUUCGUUCAAGUGAUUGAGAGCUAAAGAUGUUGUUCUUCUCGUACUUCAAGGAUUUGGUGGGAAAAGAAGUUACAGUAGAACUGAAGAAUGAUCUCGCUAUAAGAGGAACUCUUCAUUCCGUCGAUCAGUACCUCAAUAUAAAGCUCGAGAACACUAGGGUUGUCGAUCAAGACAAGUAUCCUCAUAUGCUUUCGGUGAGGAACUGCUUCAUCAGGGGAUCAGUCGUCAGAUACGUUCAGCUACCACCGGAUGGAGUUGACAUUGAUAUCCUUCAUGAUGCCACAAGGAGGGAAGCUCUUGGUGGCUGACGGAUAGUAGGACAGAUUAGAUACAUUGGUCCUGUAGUAGUGGUUAUAACUAAUGGAUGUGGAGCUUUCAAAUGUAUCAGUUUUAGGUUUCUGUAUUCCUAGUUAUUUUGAGUUAAUUUGUGUGCCUUUUAUC